GGAAUCAAUCAAUCAAGCAAGCAAAACACAAGGCAAAUGAAUAGGCCAAGUAUGAAACGGUGAAACACUACGACCCCAGCAUAUGCCCUCCGGCGAAAGUUCCCACGUCCUGUUCUUUGUCCACAUUUUUUAUCCCUCUCUUCUCCAUCGGCCAUCGCGCCACUGCCACCACCACGAUGACCGACUGCCACUACCAUUGACUUCACUUGACUUUGCUCUGCAAUACAUAAUUCCCUAACCAGAGUCUCCAUCCAUCUCUCUCUCUCUUUCUCUCUCUCCAGUCCCUCCGAGAAUUUAAUCCAUCCAUCCAUCCAUCCAGCUGUGACUCCCACCUGCCCUGAGCCUGGCUUCUCUAUCUGCUGCAUCCAUUCUGUAAUCUAGCUAGCUAGCUCUUCUCUCCAUUAUACUUGAGCUACUACUGCAUGCCUUCUCAUAUUCCAUCUCCUCUUCUCUUAUUAAUUAAUUAAUUAAUUCCCUUCGAUCCAUUAUUUUCUCAUUCACAUUGCUAAUUAAUCCAGUACAAGCAGUUGUAGGCAUGACCAGUCGACCCAUCUCCUUCCUCCCUCCUUUUUUGCUCUUUUCCUUCCUCCUCCACUCCUCCUUCAACCAUUACUCCGCCAAUUCGCAUUAUCCCAAUCCAUCCAUCAAUAACAAUAUUCCCCAACCCCAAAACAGAGAAGCAUUGUUGGAGAUCAUCAUAGGCGGCGGCGCUGCCUCCCCUCCCUCCCCUUCUCCCGCUGUGGAUUGCCCUCCUCCCCCUCCUCAGCCCCUUUGCCCUCCACCCAUAUCACCUCCACCGCCGCCGCCGCCGCCGCCUGCACUGCCGCCGCCUGCACUGCCUCCGCCUCCGCCGCCUGCACUGCCUCCUCCGCCGCCGCCUGCACUGCCGCCUCCGCCACCGCCAUCCAGUUUCGAUAGCGUGCUCGUGGAGCGCGCUUACAGGGUGAUCCAAAAAUUCAAGCCCAGAAUCAAACACGAUCCCCAGCAUAUCCUCAAAACGUGGACAGGCCCCGACGUUUGCAACCGCUACAAGGGCUUCCACUGCGACCGCGUCCCCGACAAGAAAGUCGCAGCCGUCUCCGGUGUCAGCUUCAACGGCUUCGGCUUCGCUGGCGACGGCGACUUAACCCUCGACGGCUUCAUCGAAGGCUUGGAAGACAUUGCCUUCUUCCACGCCAACUCCAACAACUUCACCGGCUCCGUUCCGGUCAAAACCAAAGACCUCCGGUACCUCUACGAGCUCGACCUCAGCAACAACCGACUCUCCGGCGAGUUCCCCACGAUUCUUUUCGGCGCAAAGAAGCUGGUCAUCUUGGACCUCAGGUUCAACGCAUUCUCCGGCGUGGUUCCGCCUCAGAUCUUCGCGCUCGACGUCGAUGUGCUCUUCAUCAACAACAACAACUUCGUGCAGAAGCUCCCCGACGAAAUCGGAUCCACACCGGCGGUUUACCUCACUCUAGCGAACAACAAGUUUACCGGCGAGAUCCCCCGGAGCAUCGGGAAAGCUUCGAAAACGCUACUGGAGGUGCUGUUCUUGAACAACCAGCUUGGGGGGUGCCUCCCCUACGAGAUAGGUUUCUUGGAGAAGGCGACGGUGUUCGAUGUUGGGCAGAACCGCCUGACCGGCCCAAUACCGCUCUCCUUCUCCUGCCUGAGGAAGAUGAAGUAUCUCAACCUGGCCCAGAAUGAGUUUUAUGGGCCUGUUCCGGAGGCCGUCUGUGGGCUGCCCAGCUUGGUGAACUUCUCUUUGGCCGAUAAUUAUUUUACGGAGGUUGGGCCCAAAUGCAGGGUGUUGAUAGAGAAGCGGAAGCUGGACGUGAGGAUGAACUGCAUAUUGGGCCUGCCGUCGCAGAGGACCAAAUACGAGUGCACGGAGUUUUUCAGGAAGCCCCGGCGUUGCCCGGAUGACAAGGAGUAUAGUAUCAUUCCGUGCAGCGGUCGGCCGUAUACGGAGGAGGAGGCAUCGGCGCCGCCGGCGCUACCUCCGCGAACUUACGGUACUCUUAUGCCUCAUGGGAAGUGAGGACACGCGCUUCAUGAAGCUCGUGGAGGAUACCCGCGAUGCACAAUUUGGGUUUCUUAUUUGUUUUGAAUGAAUUGUAGGCCUAUGUUUUAUUAUUGACAAUUUGUAAUUGCUAAUAUAUAUAUUCGCGUGGAGGAACAUGCAUGUGUGUAUGAUAAGGAACAUCUAAUUAAGCUUCAGGUGCUUGUUUUGCAGAA